AUGGCUGAUAGUGAAGCGAAAGCAAGAAAGAAGCUGGAAGAGGCUGAAAAGAAAAUGAAAGGUGGUGGAGGAUUCCUUGGCAAACUGUUCGGCGGCGGUGGUUCCGAUGAGGCAGCUGACUUAUUCAUUCAAGCUGGAAAUUUGUUCAAAAUGUCUAAGUUAUGGAAAGAAGCGGGAGAUGCUUUUGUCCGAGCUGCUGAAAUCCACGGACCACAGGGCGACUCUAAGCAUGACUGCGCCAGUCAAUAUGCCGAAGCAGCUAAUUGCUAUAGAAAAGUUAAUCCUCAACUCGCUGUUGAUUGUCUUUUCAAAACAUCAGAGAUUUACACGGAUAUGGGAAGAUUCACUAUGGCUGCAAAGAUCCACGUCACGAUCGCCGAAUUAUUCGAAUCUGAAUGUCCCGACACUGAACAAUGUAUUUACCAUUAUCAAAAGGCUGCUGACUACUAUAAGGGAGAAGAAUCCAAGAGCAGUGCAACGAAGUGUUUAAUCAAAGUUGCUCAGUACCACGCUCAACUUGAGCAAUACCAAAAGGCCAUUACAGUUUUCGAAGAAAUUGCUUUCUGGGAGGCUGAUCACCCAACACUUAAAUAUGCGGCAAAAAAUCACUUUUUCCAAGCUCUUAUCUGUUUCUUAUGCCUUGAUACCUUGGAUACUCAAAAUGCCUUAAAACGUUAUGAAGACGCUGCCCCUUCUUUCGCACAAUCUCGUGAAUCCAAGUUCAUAUCUGAACUCAUUAACGCUCUGGGAGAAGAAGAUGAAGAGAAGUUCACUGAAGCUGUAAAAAAUUAUGACAAGAUUAGUCGUCUCGAUGCCUGGCAUACUUCACUUUUGGUUAAAGUUAAGAAAGCAAUUAACAAAGAAGAUGAGGAUGACUUAAAGUAA